UCUACUGCCGACAUGGGUAAUACGGAGAGUAAUGUUACUAGUGGAGUCAAGAAGCAGGCGGGGACAUGUACGCAGAAGCUGUACAAACUGAUUGAUGUCAAAGGUAGCGGACUUCUAGUGGACAUGAUGAAACGGGCCGUCCAGAACAAGCAGUACGCGGAGAUAGACCACGCCAUCAAGACCAAGGUGGAACCGUUUCUGUACAAUAACGGCAAAGGACGAUACAUACCGAUAUCCCAUGUCGUGCUGCUGAGGAACAAGGAGAGGCCGAGACAUAAGUUGUUACCACCACUAAGAGGGAUGGAGAAUCCAGACGAAGAAUUCGACAUAGAUAAAGACUGGCCAUUGGUUACCCAACAGGAGUAUGACGCAAGCCCUUCAGCGUACAGGGAACUUUGUUGGGAUUUGAAGGAGCGCGGUGCCGUGGGCGAGACAAUUCUUCACCUGUGUUUCUUAUCUGCCACAUCGCUCCUGGCUGACUUGGCCAAGAGGCUACUGCGGUUCUACCCCAAACUCAUCAACGACGUUUACAUGAGCGACGAAUACUAUGGAGAGAGCGUGUUACACAUGACGAUAGUAAACGAGGAUCUCACCAUGGUGAAGUUCCUCCUGGACUCUGGAGCGGACUACCACGAGCGGUGCUUCGGCAACUUCAUGUGCCCGGAAGACCAGAAGGCGUCCCGGUCGGAUUCGCUGGAGCAUGAGUGGGUUAAUGUGCAGCCUGAUACUAAUUAUGAUGGCUACGUGUACUGGGGCGAGUACCCGCUCAGUUUCGCGGCGUGCUUGGGCCAGGAGGAGAGCUACCGGCUGAUCCUGGCGCGCGGCGCCAACCCCGACAAGCAGGACACCAACGGCAAUACCGUGCUGCACAUGCUCAUCAUAUACAACAAGAUCGGCACAUUCGACAUGGCAUACGAGGUGGGCGCGUCGCUCAGCAUCAAGAACGUGUUGAACCUCACUCCACUGACGUUAGCCGCUAAGCUGGCCAGAACAGAGCUGUUCUUCCACAUCCUGAACAUCGAGCGGGAGAUCUACUGGCAGAUCGGAGCGACCACCUGUGCGGCUUAUCCGCUUGAUCUGGUCGACACUAUUGAUACUAAGACUGGACUGAUUAGCAAGGAUUCGGCGCUGAAUUUGGUGGUAUUUGGGGAGAAAGACGAGCAUCUGGAACUUUUAGAAGGAAUGCUGAUCGACUUGCUCAAGACGAAGUGGAACACGUUCGUGAAAUUCCGCUUCUACCGCCAAUUCAUACUGUUCGCUUGCUACUUCCUAGUGUCUCUAGUUUGUUUCACACUACGGCCAGGGCCUCAUGACAGGUCGCUUAACACGACCAUGAUCAAUACUACGACCAUCAAUGAUACUGAGGUGGAUGUAGAAAAUUGCACUCUCCCUGUUGGGAUAGAGCUAAAUCCAGCCGCCGAGGUGAUCAACAGUACCAAAGCGGAUGGUAUACACUGUGCACGCUUUAAGAGUCAUCCCAAAGAGAAGGACAAACCAACGGAACCUCCAAAAGAGAACGACAUGGAAGGGUGGUGGGAGGACUUGACUGAGGAGUGUCGUCUCAUGAACUUGGAUACUUGGGAAGCUAAACUCCGAAUAUGCACCGAACUGAUUCUAUGGGUAGGAGCUCUGGCGUACAUCGGGCUGGCUCUACGUGAGGCGAGGUUCUUGGGACUGAAGAUGUUCUUCGAAAACUUGAGCACAGUACCGUCAAGAGUUAUGUUCCUAUUCUCGUGUCUGCUGAUGGUGGCUCUGCCGACCCUGCGCCUGGCGUGCGCGGAUGAGGAGGAGGACCAUCUGGCGGUGAUGAUCAUGCUGACCACGGCACCAUAUUUCCUGUUCUUCUGCAGAGGAUUCAAAACGGUGGGUCCCUUCGUGGUGAUGAUAUACCGCAUGGUGAUGGGAGACCUGCUGCGGUUCGCCUGCAUCUACCUCGUCUUCGUCAUGGGAUUCUCUCAAGCGUACUACGUGAUAUUCCUGUCGUUCGACAACCCCAACACGCCGGAGGGCGUGGACGACUCGGUGUCGAACCCCAUGCCGUCGCCUAUGGAGAGCGUGAUGGCCAUGUUCCUCAUGUCGCUCACAUCAUUCUCCGACUACUACAGCGCCUUCGAGAGGACCGACCAUGAGAUUGAGGCUAAGUUACUAUUCGUGAUCUACAUGAUAAUAGUGGCGAUUCUCCUGGUGAACAUGUUGAUUGCCAUGAUGGGAAACACUUACCAGAAGAUAGCGGAGACGCGGAACGAGUGGCAACGGCAGUGGGCGAGGAUAGUGCUGGUGGUGGAGAGAGGAGUGCCACCAGCGCAGAGGUUGAAGCAACUAAUGGCAUAUAGCCAGCCCAUGGCUAACGGACAAAGGGCUUUGGUGCUGAGAAUUAACCAGAAGGAUGAAGAUAAGGAAGAAAUGAAGGAAAUAUUGGAGAUGAAGCGGACUCAUGAGCGUAUAGUAGCUAAGAGGAAGGCUCGCGAGGCUGAAUUGAAGGGCGCCAAGGGUCGACUGCCACCGGAACCAGCUAGAAACUAUCCGAUUAGAAAAUAGGAACUGCACAUGAGUAGAGCAAUUUCAUUUUUAUAAAGUUUAUCGUAAUAUCGGCAUUAUCACAUCCAAGUAAGCAAUCUAAUCCAUUCUGAUGUAAUGGCAAAUAAUCAUGACGUCAUAAUCAUCAUUAACUACACUUACUAGAUUUUGCUUGCUUGCAGCUCCUUCGUUUAAAUAGAGUAUCCCAAGAGGACCGUUUGUU